UUGGGCUAAGGGAUCAUGGUACUGGCAUCACAGGGAAUAAAUUACCUUCUCAGCUCACACCUUCUGCCUUUGAAUCUUGUGGGCACUUUCCAGAUGAGUGGGAGCAGUAGCCACACCAGGCCCUUGGGCAGUAAUGUGGACAGCCUCCUGCGCCUCCGGGGCCGCCCACUCCUGGACCACGAAGCCUUGUCAUGUCUCUUAGUCCUUCUCUUUGUGGACGAGCCCAAACUGAAUACGAAUCACCUCCACCGUGUCCUGCGCAACCUGUGCUACCACGGCCAGACCCGCCAUCGGGUUAUCCGCAGCCUGCCGUCCAUUCUGCAACGGAGCAGCGAGAGUGAACUGUGCAUCGAGACCCCCAAGGCAGCUACCACUGAGGAAAAGGGCAAGAAGGCAGCCAAGGGCUGCCCCACAGGCAGCCGUGAUAGCCGGCCCCUGGACCUGCUGCACAAGAUGGAGUCCAAGAGCUCCGGCCAGCUCUCGUGGCUCUCUGUGUCCACGGAUGCGGCCCUGGGCUGCCGGACUAACAUAUUCCAGAUCCAGCGGGCGACAGGCCGCAAACACACUGAGAAGCAUGCUGGCUGUGGCUCCACUGUCCACAUUCACCCCCAGGCUGCUCCUGUGGUGUGUCGACAUGUCCCGGAUACACUCAUCCAGUUAGCCAAGGUCUUCCCCAGUCACUUCACACGGCAGCGGACCAAAGAGAUGAAUUGUGACAGCGAUCGGGAGAGGAGCAACACACAGGCCUGUAGCCCCUGUCCCAGCCAGUCCACCAGCGGCAGUAUUUCCACUGACUUCUGGGACUCGUUGGUCAAACUGGACAACGUGAACGUCAGCCGAAAAGGCAAAAACUCUGUCAAGUCAGUGCCCGUCAAUGUGGGCAGUGAGGGAGAGCCCUCUCUGUACAGCCUUGAAGCCUCUCCCCUAGGGCAGCUCAUGAACACGCUGUCUCAUCCGGUCAUCCGCCGGAGCUCCCUCCUCACUGAGAAACUCCUGCGCCUCUUGUCCCUCAUCUCCAUUGCACUGCCCGAGAACAAAGCACCAGAGACUCUGGCCAACCCAGGCAGCAGCACCGGCACUCCUUCCGUUACCAUUGCCUCCUCAGCAAGUGGCACCUCCACCAAUACUGGAGUUGCCACCCCAGGCCCCCUUGCCCCCAGCCCCACCCCAGCUGGAGCCUCAGCCACUGCUGCCGUGGCAGCCACCCCAGCUGCUGUUGUUGCAACUACUGCUAAGAGCAGCAAAUCCCCAGCGAAGGCUGGCGAGGGAGGCAGUGGGAGCAGUAUAGAGAGUGAGAUGGCAGCAUCGGGCCUAACCGAAAAUCAGCUCCAGCUCUCUGUGGAGGUGCUGACCUCGCACUCGUGUUCAGAAGAAGGCCUGGAAGAUGCAGCCAAUGUUCUGCUACAACUUUCCAGGGGUGACCCAGUGACCCGAGACACUGUUCUUAAGCUACUGUUAAAUGGAGCCAGGCAUCUGGGUUAUACCCUGUGCAAACAGAUUGGGACCCUCCUAGCCGAGCUUCAAGAAUACAAUUUGGAGCAGCAGCGGCAAGCCCAGUGUGAGAUCCUGUCUCCAGAUGGGCUGCCCGAAGAGCAACCCCAGACUACCCGACUGAAAGGAAAGAUGCAGAGCAGGUUUGACACAGCUGAGAAUGUGCUGAUCGUGGCAUCUCAGAAGCGCCCACUGGGCGGUCGAGAGCUCCACCUGCCGUCCAUGUCCAUGCUGACGUCAAAAACGUCCACGCAGAAGUUCUUCCUGCGUGUGCUGCAGGUCAUCAUUCAGCUCCGAGAUGACACACGCAGAGCUAACAAGAAGGCCAAGCAGACAGGCAGGCUAGGCACCUCCAGCCUGCGCUCUGCUAGCAGCAUCCAGGCAGCUGUUCGGCAGCUGGAGGCUGAGGCUGAUGCCAUUAUACAAAUGUCGGAGUCCAGCCAGUCUGAGGUUGCUUCCCGGAGGGAUGAGUCUCCCAUGGAUGUGGACCAGCCAUUCCCUGCUUCUCAAGAUACGCAGUCCAUUGGCUCCGAAGGAAGCCAACAGAGCGAGAAGGAGAAAGAAGAGAGACCCCCUGAUCUUCCCCUGCUUAGUGAGCAGCUGAGCCUAGAUGAACUCUGGGACAUGCUGGGCGAGUGUUUGAAGGAGCUCGAAGAAUCCCAUGAUCAACAUGCAGUGCUAGUGCUGCAGCCUGCUGUCGAAGCCUUCUUUCUGGUUCAUGCCACUGAACGGGAGAGUAAGCCACCUGUUGGGGACACUCGGGAAAGCCAGCUGGCUCACAUCAAGGAUGAGCCACCACCACUCUCCCCUGCUCCUUUGACCCCUGCCACCCCCUCUUCCCUGGACCCCUUCUUCUCCCGAGAGCCCUCAUCUAUGCACAUUUCCUCCAGCCUGCCCCCAGACACACAGAAAUUUCUUCGGUUUGCAGAGACUCACCGCACUGUGCUAAAUCAGAUCCUAUGCCAGUCCACCACCCAUCUCGCAGACGGGCCCUUUGCUGUCUUAGUGGACUACAUCCGCGUGCUCGACUUCGAUGUUAAGCGCAAGUAUUUCCGCCAAGAGCUAGAGUGUCUAGAUGAGGGACUCCGGAAAGAAGACAUGGCUGUGCACGUCCGCCGUGACCAUGUGUUUAAAGACUCCUACCGCGAGCUGCAUCAAAAAUCCCCAGAGGAAAUGAAGAAUCGAUU